AUGGCCGUCUGCAUCGUGAAGUUGUUGAGCUCGUGCACGCCAGGAACGCCGGAGAUUGGGGGAAGCGCGUCUCGUCCCUCGAGCGCUGCAGCGUCCAAGUUUGGAUGGCAGUACUCCCGGUCCCGGUCGCCCCUUCCACCGCUGGAGAGGGAGCAUCUGGAUAGCGUCAGUGCGAGUAACAGUGACAGUCCGACGCCGUCUACUUCUUCUGUCAAGAAGGGCAAUCUGUCGAUGAUGACGGCCGCGACGCCUGCGGGGAGCCCGCAGCGCGUGCGGAGUUCGCCGUCGCCGGCGGGUGCGAGGAGGGUGGUUAAUGGGAAGGGGAGUAUGAUUCCUGUUCUGCUGCAUUUCAGGACGCAGGCAACGCGGGAGAACGGGCAGUUGGGUGAUGCUCAGGCACGGCAGAAGCAGAAGCAGGCGGCGACUGCGGCGCAGGACGAAGAAGAUAGCCUGUUUGAAGAGGGCGAGGGUGAAGAGGAGUGGUCGAUGGAUUCGGGGAUGGAGUCGAUGGAUAUGGAUCUUACGGGUGUCGGGCAGCAUGUGCCGCCGCCGAGGAUCAAUCUGACGACGGACGAGGGGCACGAGGAGGAUGUGCUGCGUGCCUCCGAUGAAGAGUCGGCCGAGCGCGACUUGUGCUCCGACUCUGAAUCUGAGGUGGAAGCUGAAACUGAGCCAGAGCCCAAAUCUGAGCCUGAACCAGAGCCCGCCGAGGACGAAGACGGUUUCCUGACAGAGUCGGAGAUAGCGCUGCCUGCGUCUCUGCCCGAGUCCCCGCCAUCGCGCAGAGUUUCCGCUUCACCCGAAGACAGACAGGUCUCGGACGAGGCUAGGCUGCAGUGA